GUGGUGUUUUCAAGUUAUUCAAAAUUCCUCCUCCUCCUUCAAUCAUUUCAUUUCCAACUCACGCCCACACACACUCUUUCUAAUAAACAUAACUUCGCCCACACUCUUCUUCACAGUAAUAAACAACUUCUCUAAUUCUCAAAAUUCACUGCCACCAAAAUUGCCGUGCGCCGCCGCCGGUGCUACCUAUUGUCACCUGGAUCUGACGCAAUGACUCCGCGUGGCUGACUCAUUCCACGCAACUCGCAAGUAAUAAUUAAAAGUUAGAGAGAAGAGAACAAAGCCGCCUUUUUUACUUUUUCCCUUUCGUUUUCAUUGACCUUUUCCCAAUCCAAGUUGUACUACUACUAAAUAUUCUCUCCUUUACUUUAUUCUAAUUAAUUGAGAGAGAAGAAAGAGAUUUAAAAAAAAAAUAGAGAUGUAUGGGUUGGCUCCGCCCAACAGUUCAGAUUCCGGCGGUGGUGCCGCCGAUCAGUCCGCCUUUAUCCGGACUUAUCAGGCCUGGAAAGGCAGCAAUAAAUUUAUUCUUCAAGGAAGGUUUAUCUUUGGGCCUGAUGUGAGGUCGGUCUUUAUGACCAUCUUCCUUAUUGUUGCCCCGGUUGCUGUUUUUUGUGUCUUUGUUGCGAGGAAAAUGGUGGAUGAUUUUGCUGGUGACUGGGGGUGGUCAAUCAUGAUCGCCGCUGUUGUUUUCACAGUUUAUGUCUUAGUCCUUCUUCUACUGACUUCUGGAAGAGAUCCCGGUAUAAUUCCUCGCAAUCCUCAUCCUCCAGAACCAGAAAACUUUGAAGGAAGUGCUCAAGCUGGACCUGGUCAAACCCCACAAUUACGUUUGCCCCGCAUCAAGGAUGUGAAUGUCAAUGGAAUAACUGUAAAGUCCAAAUAUUGUGAUACAUGCAUGCUGUACAGGCCUCCACGUUGUUCACACUGCUCAAUUUGUAACAACUGUGUCGAACGUUUCGACCAUCACUGCCCCUGGGUCGGACAAUGUAUUGGACUGAGGAAUUACCGUUUCUUCUUCAUGUUUGUCUUCUCAACAACACUUCUUUGCAUAUACGUGCAUGGCUUUUGCUGGGUCUACAUUAAAAGGAUCAUGGAUGGUGAGCAGACCUCAAUCUGGAAGGCAAUGGCCAAGACUCCUGCUUCUAUUGUGCUUAUCAUUUAUACAUUUAUAUCAGUUUGGUUUGUUGGUGGCCUGACCGUCUUCCAUCUGUAUCUUAUUGGCACAAAUCAGUCAACGUAUGAGAAUUUCAGAUAUCGGUAUGAUCGUCGAGUCAACCCAUUUAACAAAGGUGUACUUCAUAAUUUCUUGGAGAUAUUCUGCACUAGUAUACCUCCUUCCAAGAACAACUUCAGGGCCAAAGUGGCAAGAGAACCUGGGAUAGCACCUCGUGAAGUAGGAGGUGGUUUUGUUAGUCCAAACUUGGAGAAAACAAUGAGUGAUUUAGAAAGGGGAAGGAAGCCUGCUUGGCAUGAGCCAGCAACAGGAGGAAAUGAAUUUGAAGGACAACCUAGAAAUGACAAUCAACUAGAUAAGGACGAGGAGCUAUCAGUUAUAUCCUCAGAGCUAAGUGGUGCCACAUUGGCAGAUGGGCGUAGUAUACUACACCCGAGGCGCUCUAGUUGGGGAAGAAGAAGUGGGACCUUGGAAAUACCACCUGAUGUAGUUGCUAUGGCAUCUGAGAUUGGAGACUCAAAUCGGAUAACUGGCAGCGAUGGUGCUUUCCCAACUGAAAACGGGCAAUAGUUGUUGACCUGGGCGCUGUUACAAUUAUUGUAAAAGAACUGACAAGUGUAAAGAUCAUUAGCCAACGGUGAUGGAGUUUAUGGGUGGGAUCAACCACUGUGAACUUAAUCUUCCAGGCUUCUCUGUGUGUAUAUUAUUUUCUUUCUCUUUUUCUUUUUGGGGUUUUAAUUUUCUUUUCUUAUGUGAAGGCAACCAAAAUUCUUUGCGCUGUGUUUAUUUUGCAAGGGAUACUUGGAAGAAAUGAUUCCUGCAAUUCAUGGUCUUCUCCGUUCCCAAUUUCUCAUAUUCAUCAAGUUCCUCCUUAUGCUUCC